AUGCAAUUAACAAGAAGAAAAUUGUUACAUUUGUGUUCUGCUAAAUUGCAGAGAGAACCAGAGAUAGGGGUUGCAGGCGGAGAAGCCCGGCGCUCGAGCGCUCUACAGCAGGGGGAUCGCGGGAGCUCGGGGACGGCGCGGUCCCCGGAGUCCUCCGCCUCGCGGGCAGGGAGCGCGGCUCUGGGGGCGGCUGGGCGGGGGGCGAGCGUCGGGCAGGGGCCGCCUCGGUGCACUUGGCCGAGCCUUGCGCCCCCGAGCCCGCGGCCCCAGCCCCGCUGCUGGGUCCGCUGGGUCCAGCGGACGGACCGCGGAGGCUCCGGAGUUUGCAGGGCACUCUUCGCCUUCCGAUCGCUCGCGGGGAGUUUGUGCAAACCUUCCGGAGUUGGGAGCACCGCGGGGGAAGCAGCGGCCCCCGGAUCUCGGAGGCGCUCCGGGCGAUCGCGCGUGUGUCUGCUCGUGUGUUUGCGAGCGAGCUGGCUUUAG